AUGGCUUAUCAUUUCUAUCUCUUCUUCUCACUCUCUUUUCUUCUCUUUACUUCUUGUCCUUCAAAUUCACAAUCCAACCAGUUUUGUGAAGCUGGGAUUGGAUAUAGUGAGGCUGGAUGUGGAAUUUCAUCAUCAACAAAGCUGUUGAUCAAGGGAGGAACUGUCGUGAAUGCACACCAUCAAGAGGUUGCUGAUGUUUACGUAGAGGAUGGGAUUAUUUUCGCUGUCAAGCCUAAUCUCAAGGUUGGUGAUGAUGUUAAAGUGAUUGAUGCCACUGGAAAGUUUGUCAUGCCAGGUGGAAUUGAUCCUCACACACACCUUGCUAUGGAGUUUAUGGGCACUGAAUCUGUUGACGACUUUUUCAGUGGUCAGGCAGCAGCAUUAGCUGGUGGAACCACAAUGCAUAUUGACUUUGUUAUACCGGUAAAUGGCAGUUUAAUAGCAGGUUUAGAAGCAUAUGAGGAAAAGGCAAAGAAAUCGUGCAUGGAUUAUGGUUUUCAUAUGGCAAUCACUAAGUUUGAUGACAUUGUUUCAAGGGAUAUGGAAAUUGUGGUGAAGGAAAAAGGUAUCAACUCUUUUAAGUUUUUUCUAGCAUACAAGGGGGCCCUUAUGGUCAACGAUGAGCUUCUAUUAGAAGGAUUGAAGCGGUGCAAGUCUCUUGGUGCAUUAGCCAUGGUCCAUGCAGAAAAUGGAGAUGCCGUAUUUGAAGGACAGAAAAGAAUGAUACAACUUGGUAUAACUGGUCCAGAAGGACAUGCUCUUUCAAGGCCCCCAGUGCUGGAAGGAGAGGCAACUGCUCGAGCAAUUCGUUUAGCUGGUUUUGUGAACACACCUCUCUAUGUAGUUCAUGUGAUGAGCAUUGAUGCCAUGGAAGAAAUAGCCAAAGCUCGAAAAUCAGGACAGAGAGUUGUAGGUGAGCCUGUGGUUUCUGGAUUGGUCCUUGAUGAUUCAGGGCUUUGGGAUUCUGACUUUGCCACUGCAUCAAAGUAUGUCAUGAGCCCCCCUAUAAGAGCAUCAGGACAUGGCAAAGCCCUGCAAGGUGCCCUUUCAAAUGGUGUUCUGCAGCUGGUAGGAACUGAUCAUUGUGCAUUUAAUUCCACACAAAAAGCCUUCGGGAUUGAUGAUUUCCGUAAAAUUCCCAACGGUGUGAAUGGCAUCGAGGAGAGGAUGCAUUUGGUUUGGGAUACAAUGGUGGAAUCUGGUCAAAUUUCUAUCACUGAUUUUGUACGGGUCACAAGCACUGAAUGUGCUAGGAUCUUCAACAUAUAUCCAAGAAAAGGAGCAAUUAUUGCUGGAUCUGAUGCUGAUAUAAUUAUACUCAACCCAAACUCAAGCUUUGAAAUAAAUGCAAGGUCUCACCACUCUAGAACAGAUACGAAUGUUUAUGAGGGCAGAAGAGGGAAGGGAAAGAUUGAGGUGACAAUUGCUGGGGGACGAGUUGUUUGGGAAAAUAAUGAAGUGAAGGUAGUUCCUGGCUCUGGCAAGUACAUAGAAACGCCCCCUUACAAUUAUCUUUUCAGCGGAAUUGACAAGGCUGACGCUUCAUACCUAUCAUCCCUGAAUGCUCCAGUUAAACGUUCUGAAUCUACAACUUCAAGUGGCAGGCACUCCUACUAG